CCGCCCCCGCCCGCAGUGCCCGGAUGCGGGUGACGUGCGGCCGCCAUCUUCCCAUCCCCGGCAGCCAGCGCCAGUCGGAGCUAGCGCUAGCCGCCGCCGCAGCCGCCGCAGCCAUCACUGCCUCUGCCAAGUCCUCCUCCCGCUGCCCCCGCCAUGUCGGCUACCGCUGCCACCGUCCCGCCUGCUGCCCCAGCAGGGGAGGGUGGUCCCCCUGCACCCCCUCCAAAUCUCACCAGUAACAGGAGACUGCAGCAGACCCAGGCCCAAGUGGAUGAGGUAGUGGACAUCAUGAGGGUGAAUGUGGACAAGGUCCUGGAGCGGGACCAGAAGCUAUCUGAGCUGGACGACCGUGCAGAUGCACUCCAGGCAGGGGCCUCCCAGUUUGAAACAAGCGCAGCCAAGCUCAAGCGCAAAUACUGGUGGAAAAACCUCAAGAUGAUGAUAAUCUUGGGAGUGAUUUGCGCCAUCAUCCUCAUCAUCAUCAUAGUUUACUUCAGCACUUAAAUCCCUGAGGAGUCUGCCCUGCCUAAGAAGGGCCUCUCCCCCACCCCCAGCCGUUCCUCCACCUCUCAGCCAUAUCUUUCAGCCCCCUCCCCUGGAUCCGUGUGUGUGUGUCUCUGUGUGUGCCCCCUGUAAAUAGCCAGCUGUUAUUUAUACAUAUAUAAUAUUAUAUAUAUUUGGUCUGUUUGUAGUUUUAUUACUAGAAGAUUUUUCCGGUUGUCCUUAACACCCCUCCCUGAGGUUAUCAUCACCUUCUCUACUCUUCUUUCCCUUUUCCACUUUUCCUGAUCACCCCCAAGUCCCUUCAUUUGCAUCUGCUAUGCAAUAUUCCCUCUCCUUUUCCCCUUCCCUUGGAUUUAACUGAUCCUCCCCCUACCCCCAUCUUCCCUAUACAACUCCCCCCCUAAAAAAAAAAAAAAAACCACAGAAACAACAAAAAAAGACAUGUUCACACCUCCCUAGGUGCAUCUUUGUACCUAUAAGAAGGCUCUGAGACUGGUCCUACUUAGUACUAAGAAUCCCAAGGUCUUCUGGGAGCUUCCAGUGUAUUAAUUAACAUAUCAUUUGCAUACCAACAUCCUUUUUAGUUUCCUUUUUGUCCCAUCACUCUUCUCUUACUGUAUUUUUUUUUUUUUUUUACUGAGGAGUUAGUCUCUAUUGGUCCUCCUCCCACACUUUCAUUUGCACGACAUUACUUGCAGGUGGUGGGGAACCUGGGCUUUUGGGGAACCAGGUUGCUCUGGGCCCUAGAAUUGCCCCUUCCUAGCCCCUCUAGUCCCGUUUGCUUCACCUAUUCCCAUUUUCCAAACCUCUUGUACUUGCCUCUCCCUCUCCCUCUCCCCCAGCUGGUGUGUAAGUGUCUUGGAGUUCAGUGUGUUGUGAUGGACCAAUAAUUCUGCCACUCGGGGUCUCUCCCAACAUUCCUGCUCCCUAGUUUUCAUGUGGGGCACUCAACUGACAUUCCCAGGGGGUCUCCCUCCCUCCCAUCUGCUGAUCUGCCUCCUCCUCCCACCAGGAGAGCUGGAGGCUGGCCACAAUUUGAUCUCUUUCGAGAGGGGUGGCUCCAGUGUGUGUGUGUGUGUGUGUGUGUGUGUGUGUGUGUGUGUGUGAGUCAUCACUGCCUUGGGGAGGAGUGGGACAAAGCAGAGAAUCACCCCCAAUUCCUGCCUGAAACCUCCAGCCUCAUCCUUGCUAGAGGUUGGACUGAAAACUUUCCUCCCCAAUUUGGGGGAUGUUGCCCCCAUCACUGCCCAGCUCCUCUGACUGCCCCCCUGUAUUCAGGGAGGGGGUACUAGUCACUGCCAAUGUGUGUAUGGGACUUGCUGGAUGAUGGGAACCCUCGCCCCUCUCCAGGGCUGUUGAGCCCAGAGAGAGAAAAAUAGAGCGAGCUGUUCCCUUAUUGGGUGCAAUGAUAAAGGAAGGAUCUGAUGUCUUUAAAUGGCACAGUUUUAGGGGUCUGAGGGUACAGCCCCUUAACCUGCCACUGGAGGGCGUCCCCAAACUCUCCCCCCUAUUGCUCCAGGUUUUCUGUGUGGAGGGAACCAAGGAGAUCUAAACUUGUGGUGUGAAAGGGUAGGAGAGAUGCUGGGGGUGGGGGUGCUUGUGUUCUAGACCCCCCCCCCAUAUUAUUCCAGUGUCCCCUGCCUUACCUCUUUCCCUACCCCAUAUGCCCCCAAUUCUGUGGCGCAUCCAGAUUGUGAAAAUGUACAAUAAAUGUGUAAUGAGUAA